AUGAUGUACAGCGAAUAUGAUUCGCUGAGCUGCACCAUCAAUCCUCUCGAAGAUGGCCCAUACAACUCCUCAUUGGCUUCGUCUGCCUCAUCCUCCUCCACUUCCGUCUUUUCGGAGCCAUCAUCUUUAACUUCCGAUAUCUCCUCACUCUCGACAACAUCGGAUUCAUACCAAUCCGAUUCUUGUUUUCACCCUCAGCAACCCAGCUUUUGUGGGCGCCCGCGAAGUGGACGAUCGCAACAUGUUGAUGUUGCCCAGUCGCUUAGACAGAAUCCACGACGGACUAGCAGCAGUUCGGUAACCAGAAAUGGCCCUCCUACCCUUGCACGUCAAAGCGACCGCAAACUCAACUUUGUCGAUAACCUCGUUGAUUCGUCGACCCAAAUAGUCGAGGCGAUAUGGCCUUUGGCCUCAGUGUAUCAUCGCCAAGAGAUGGGUCACAAAGCUGUGCUACCCUUGCGCACCUUUAUUCAGGAGACAUUGCGCCGCUCGCGCACCAGCUACUCAACCUUGCAGGUCGCUCUAUACUAUUUGAUUCUCAUCAAACCACAUGUUCCGCAACAUGAUUUCACUAUGGAACAGCCUGAAGAUGUCCAUGCAACCCGCGCACUUCAGUGUGGUCGUCGUAUGUUUUUGGCCGCCUUGAUCUUGGCAUCAAAGUAUCUCCAAGAUCGUAAUUAUUCAGCUCGGGCUUGGAGUAAGAUUUCUGGGCUGGCAACUCUGGAGAUUAACCAGAAUGAGAUGGCUUUUCUGAGUGCCGUAAACUGGAAGCUCCAUAUCACCGAUGUUGUCUUCAAACGUUGGACGGAGAUUAUAUUGAAACAUACACCUUCCCAGCCACCUCCGGGCUCUGGGUCCCAAGCAAUCCUCGAGCAGUGUUUGGAUUGGAAGAAGCUGAUUCUGCAGCUUGAGCCGGAUCUAGAUAAUCUCGAAGAUUUGAUACCCAUGAGUCCCUCGAGAAGAGUUUUGGUGUCUUUGCUAGAGUCUCCAAGCUCAUCUCCUGUAACUCCACGGGCCCGAACCACCCCCUUAACCGAAGCCCCCGAUGCAACACCCACCCCUAAGAAUAUUGCAACUCCGGCGAUAAUGGAGCCAGUGCUGUCCUCAGUGAAUACGCCUGGACGUCUUGCGCCCGCUCUCGGCUUGCUCCCUACGCCACGCCUCACGCCGCAACCAACUGGGUUUUGCACGCCUGCUGUUACUGCUGCCAACUCAAUGCUUGGCGGAAGGUGCUCCAUGGGUUUUGCGCUGGCCCAAGCUGCACAGGUAUCUGCAUCGCAGAACCUGGACAGGUGGCCAUGCUCAAUCAAUACUUCACCUCGCAGUUACACGCUGACACGGCGUCCAUCCCUUGCCAAUUCUAUUUCCUCGGCAUCCUCUCCGGAGUCGAUGAUCUCGGACUCUUCACGCACUUCACGCUCAUCCUCAAUCUCAUCAGCCUCGUCGCUGGCCAGCGCGCCGUCUGUCAAACUUGAUGUUCAGGCGCGAUGCCGGAACGCGAAGCUGUAUGGUGAGAGGUAUAGCUUGAAGCCGGCUAUCGCUUCGGUCCCAGAAGAUUACGAGGAAACUUGCAUCACAUCAUCGCCCGAAUCUUACACCGGCACGGUGGGUAAAGAUUUGUACCAAAUGUCAUUGGAAACACCAUUGGCUAGGCGAGAUUGUGAUAUGGAGGACGCUGAAGAUGCGGCACGCGCGCUGCAGGAGCUUCAGAAUUAUCACCAUUCAAGUAAGCGAGUACCAUUCCCGCGCUCGCGGUCUGGCUUAAAGCGAGGCCGACGAGUAUCAACAGACGACUCUCUGCAAGAGAACGUCCGUGAGCUGCUGAGCGGACAGUGCUACCCGUAUAAUGCAAAGGAAUGGCAGGGUGGAAUGGUCGUUAGCCAGUCGGCAACCGAUAUUGACGUUCGUCAAACGCCUGUUCAGACCUCACAUGAUGGAUGCAGGAAGCGGCUCUGCUGCUCUGCUGAAGCUGCUAUUCACCCCUACGUUAUCCCCGCGAUCCAUCCAGCAGUUGGGGGUCCUGGUGGUCCGGGAAUGUGGGAAGGUAUUCUCAAUUAG